GAGCGCGUCACGCACGCACAGCACGAGCAAUCACGUGGGAGCCACAGUACUGAGGAGAAGCGCUCGCUGAUCUGCAGAGAAUAAAGAACAGGUUCGAGUGUGUUGUUUUCCGUCAGCUGAUCAGCAUGGUGAAAGGAGACUUGAACAAACCCAAGGGAAAGACGUCUGCGUACGCCUUCUUCGUGCAGACGAGUCGCAAUGAGCACAAACGCAAGACUCCCGACGUUCCCGUCAACUUCUCCGAGUUCUCCAAGAAGUGCUCCGAGCGAUGGAAGGCCCUGAGCGCUUCAGAGAAGACCAAGUUUGAGGACAUGGCUAAAGUGGAUAAAGUUCGCUACGACAAGGAGAUGACGAGUUACGUGCCGCCCAAAGGCGUCGGGAAGAUGAGCAGGAAGAAGAAGGACCCGAACGCCCCGAAACGCCCGCCAUCUGCGUUCUUCGUCUUCUGCUCGGAGUACCGGCCGACGGUGAAGAGCGAGACCCCGGGUCUGUCCAUCGGCGAGACCGCCAAGAAGCUGGGAGAGAUGUGGUCGAAGCAGAGCAUCGCAGACCGCGCGCCGUUCGAGCAGAAAGCCCUCAAACUGCGCGAGAAAUACGAGAAGGAGGUGACGGCGUACCGCGCAGGGGGCGGAGCCUCUAAGAAGGGGCCGGGCCGACCGACGGGCUCGGCUAAAAAAGCCCAGGCUGACGACGAUGAUGACGACGACGAUGAUGAAGAAGAGGAUGAGGAAGAUGACGAGGAGGAUGACGACGACGAGUAGUGUUUGUGAUGUGAGACGGGUGAAGGGUUAUCUUGAGUUUUUCUUUAUGGACACGUUUAACGACUCCCGCAAUAACGCAAGUGUUCUGUUGUUUGUUUGGGUUUUUUUUUUAGAUUUCUUCUUAUUUUUGUACACGUUUAGCUGUUGCUUCAAUAAAGUGUAGAGGUGCUUUUUUUAUAAUAAAUUUUUAAAAGUUCA